AUGUUGAAUUUUGCGUUGGAGUACCGGAAGGCGAUUGACGCUAUCACAGACAAGCGUAAGCUUGGUCUUGGGGAAUAUGCACUUGAAGAUGAGGAAUGGAUGCUUGCAAAGCAACUGCGCGAUGUAUUGAAGAUUCUCAAGGAUGCUACACUGUACUUUUCACGCGGGACACCAAACCUCACCAUGGUCAUCCCUGCGAUGGACCACAUCGACAAUGUUUUCACUAAUUGCACCAUCAAGAAUGAAAACCUCGAUCCUGCCAUCCGCUCUGCUCUGGGACUUGCAAAAAGAACACUAAACCACUACUACUCAUGCACUGACUCCUCUGUUGUGUACCGCAUUGCCAUGGUCCUUCAUCCCCGUCACAAACUUUCUUAUUUCAAGGCUGCUGGCUGGCAGGACGACUGGAUCCACACAGCCGAACAACUCGUCCGCGAUGAAUUCAAGCGCUAUGCGUCUCAUUCACUUGCUACCACUAACAAUGCUACAACAGUAGCUGAAGUCAACGAGGUGCGUACUGAGAGUAAUUUUUACUGUUAUUGUAGCUAA